AUGCUGCCUUCACAGGAAGCCUCCAAAAUCUACCAUGACAACUACAUGCGCAACUCCAGGAGCAUCGGUGUCCUGUGGGCCAUAUUCACCAUUUGCUUGGCCAUCAUCAACGUGGUGGUCUUCAUCGAGCCCUACUGGAUUGGUGACAGUGUCAGCACCCCCCAGGCUGGCUACUUUGGCUUGUUCAACUACUGCGUGGGCAAUGGGAAGGUCGACAGAGACUUCUUGUGCCAGGGCAGCUUCUAUGACUUCAGCUCCAUCCCGUCGGGAGCCUUCAAGGUGGCCUCCGUCUUUGUGCUGAUGUCCAUGGUGCUCAUCCUCAGCUGCAUCGGCUCUUUUACUCUCUUCUUCUUCUGCAACACCGCCCUGGUCUACAAGACGUGUGCCUGGACGCAGCUGCUUUGUGCUGUUUGUCUGGUGCUCGGCUGUGUGAUCUUCCCGAACGGCUGGGACGCCGAAGUGAUCCGGGACAUGUGCGGAGAGGACACAGGAAGGUAUACCCUGGGCAACUGUUCAGUGCGCUGGGCCUACAUCCUCGCCAUCGUCGGCAUCCUGGACGCCCUCGUCCUCUCCUUCCUGGCCUUUGUGCUGGGGAACCGUCAGAGUGAGUUCGUGCAGGAGGAGCUGAAGGCUGACAGCAGAGACUUUGCUGUAUCAAGGAUUAUAAUCCGGGAAACCCGGGAUGCAAGAUUUGGAAACCAGCGCUUCAACUGAGUCACAUUUCCUCUCCUCCUCUUUCAGCUCGCUCUCUCCUAUCCCUCCCUCCCUUCCUCCCUCUGUCCUACUCCUCCUCUUUCUUCCUCAGGUUAAAAACCUUUGAGCUUUGAGACCAAAGUCCAGCAGUUUGUCAAAUUAAUCUGAAAUGUUACAGUUUAACAUCAAGGAAACAUGACGAGUAUCAGAGUCUGUGAUACUGGAGUCAGGAGGUGAUCAUUUCAAAGAUGGGCUAUUACUGGCAGUGAAGAUUAGGGUGUUGCUAAUAAUGAUCAUAAUGCA